ACCAAUAGGCGCCUUCGGAGAGUGGUCAAUGUAGCACCGCUACCUUCCAGCCAUCAUGCUAGCCAAAGAAGUCCUGUACAACUAGCUUUGUCAUCUCGUGCAAUGAUAUACUAGGUUAAUUUAUCUGUGUCUACAUCAUCUUUUUUUAUUAACACCGGCAUCUAGAAUGGAACGGGCUACUUGUGUGUGAAUAUCCUUGUUUUUUCUGCCGAGAGGGUCGGUCAGGACAGCUGUUUCGGUUAACUAGCCUGUUAGCUUGUGUGGCUAACCUCCACAUAUUGCCCUGCCAUCACGACCAGCACAACAGACACCAAGCCAAGGCCACAAGCCGGGGGUUCGACAGUUGGGAAUUUGUACCAUCAUCAUGGAGAAGGCCGAUUUCUUAAAAGGACUUCCCGUCUACAAUAAGAGCAACUUCAGCAGGUUUCAUGCAGACUCUGUCUGCAAAGCCUCUAAUCGGAGGCCUUCUGUGUACCUUCCAACUCGAGAUUAUCCCUCUGAACAGAUUAUUGUAACGGAGAAAACCAACAUCCUCCUGCGGUACCUCCAUCAGCAGUGGGACAAAAAGAAUGCAGCAAAGAAAAGGGAACAAGAGCAAGGGGAGAGCGACAGUCCGGCCCCCCCAAGGAAAAUUGCUAGGACAGAUAGCCAAGAGAUGAACGAGGACUCAUAAGUGUGUGUGUGUGCGCAUGAGAGUGAGUCUGUGUGUGUGUGUGUGUGUGUGUGUGUGUGUGUGUGUGUGUGUGUGUUUGCGGAUACAGAGCCAGUACAAACUAACUAACAAUGGGAAAUCCCACCAUUCUAAACAUGUCUGGCCAUUCUGCACCAUGGCAAGAUUCCUUUUCUGGUAAUGUAUUAAGUCACUCAAAGAGAAUUGGAGACAUUCAAGUAAAAAACCACCAUUCAUAUUGUAAAGGUUGUGUGCGAGUGAAAAUAGUGUAAUGAGAAAAUAUUUGACAGUCACUGACUGGUGAGAACAGUUCAGCUGUUAGAGAGGUGACUUUAUACUGAUGCUUUUUUUCCCUUCUCUUUCCUAUGCUGGCUGUUCACUGUGUAGCAGUACAUGUUUAAGUGUUUGUUUGUAUGCAUGCUGAGCUGUGAGUGUGAAUUGUACUGUAUAUUAGAAAAAAAUGUCAGCGCAGUUUUUAAGAUGGGAGCGGGACUUGUCAGACAGUAACCGGGAAAAAGGUGUCACUGCUGGACGGUUUGUCCCGAUGUGUGAAAAGACAACUUUUUGUUACUGUUUUAAUUUUAUUGUAACGAUUAUGGUUUCUGUAUGGCAAUGAGCUUCCUGCCAGCCACAGUGCCCACUGUCUCGGUUUCACUGCCCGCUCUGCAGCCACAUGGGGGGCAUUUGGCAUUUCUUCAUCGUUUGAAUCGACAGAACCCAGACCGCACUGUGAACAGAACAGCACAACGUAGAAGUAGCUCUUCCAGAAUCCCCCGUAGAAGUGUCUUUAUGGUGAAUAUGCAUAUCUUCAUUAUAGUCUGGCACUUGUGCUCGUAGGUUAAAUGUUGUGAAUGUUUCUGCGAAAUGUUUUACAUCUAGCCUUCUGGCUAAUUAAAGCUAGUGGGAUUUUCUGUGAUGGGAAGUUUUGACCGUUCUUUCAUCAAAAGAUGUAAAAAAAAAAAAAAAAAAAGAUAA